GCGUUCGAAAUGGAAGAAACACCGAACUCAGCUUCAGCGCAAGAUAUAUAUAGAUAAAACCUAUUAAAUAAUUCUUCUAUAUAUUGUUCUACUUUUUGAUAAUUAUAUGAACUAUUUAGUAUAGUAUAAUAAAAAUAACACUUAAUAAUAAAUACACAAUUAAAUAUGCUUGAAUAUGUGGAAAACAAGGCGGAUACAGUUCCAUUUGAUCAGAAUAUGAAUUUGGAUCGCAAGAAACACACACCCUACAACAUAGAAGAUAUAUUAGGAUUAAAAGAUGAAACAAUGAAAUCUGAUGAAGAAAGUCUUGAGGAAGAUAGCUUAGAAUUAUCAAGUUCACCGAGCACUUCUCCGUCAUCCCACGAUGCAUCUCCAUCAUACGAAUCUCCUACAUUACACAACACCUCUUUAUCAUCAAAUGACGUUUCUCCAAUAGAUACUAGCAUAUCAGAAGACGAUUGCGAUCAUGACAAUAUUGACAGUCCGACAACCGACCAAGACAGUCUCAUGACGGACGACACUGUCAGUGCGACAUUGUUAGACACAUAUAGGAAUCAUCCAUCCGGCGUUCCGUCUAAGAAGCGAAGAUAUAGAACGACGUUCACGACGUACCAAUUAGACGAAUUGGAGAGGGUGUUCAACCGUACACACUACCCUGAUAUCUUUCUACGUGAAGAGAUGGCACUGAAGUUGAAUUUAACUGAAGCGAGGAUACAAGUGUGGUUUCAAAACAGAAGAGCAAAAUGGCGCAAGAGAAACAAGUCCAGCACGCAGUCCAGUCCUUCAUCCCCACCUUAUCAAACACAGAUGACGUCAUUUUUAAAAAACACACCGCCAAGUUUAAAUUACUCACCACCCGCGCCUCAAUAUCAUAACAUGUAUACGAACCUGUUUCUGAAAGGGCUCGCUCAUCCAAAUAACAUUCAAACUGAAAAGUUAAAUCGUGUGCAACAAAUGUUACCAUUAUCCAAACCUACUAUGCCAACUUGGUACGAUAAUGCAAUGCGUUGCAUGCCGCGUAGUAUGAACUGUUAUGAUAACAGGAGUAUAGCUAACAUGUCAGGCUCGUACAGAAUACUAGAAAAAGACCCGUCGGCAUGGUGGACAAUGCAUGGCCAAACAGCGUAAAACAAAGAGAAGAGAUGAACUCAUGACGAUUAUUAAAGAAAUAAAGCUAACUGGUGCGAUAUAUAGAACACACAGUAACCCGCUAAUUUUUUGUAUACGGUAACGGUAACCCGAAAAUGUGAUUUUAUAAACAGAAUUUAUGUUGUAGUAAUGUAAUUAUGUAUAUACAAGACAGAAAUUAUGUUAUUUUAAACGUCGGAAAAUCAAACAUAUAUCUUUCGAGCUUUUCAUUUCCGAACUCAUUUGUUUCAGCGACAAUCCAAUUUCUACUAAACCAUUUCUAAGGCAGGAGAAACCGCAAGACAGUCAUAUCGAAAGUUCGAAGUCGGUUGUUAACAGAAGACGAAUACAUGUGAACAGAAAUCUCACUUCUUAAACGAUGGUUGUCUUAAAAACGGUUUAGUGGAUAUCUUAUGGUUAACUUGUUCCCAGUACUUUUCUGUCGCUUCAAUGAAAUCUUUUGAAAUUCAAAUAAACAAAAUAGGGAGUCGGAACUACGAUGUAAAGAUGCUUUUAGUUAAGUGUAAUAAUAAAAAGAAAAUAAUGCUUUUUUUUGCUGCAGUAUCAAUCAUGUGAUUUUAAUUUAUUUAAUUUUUACUUUAAGUUCUUUAAUUUCAAUUGUGAUAUUUUUAUUUUUUGUUAUUAACGUUUUCUUACUAAAAUUAAUACAUAAACAUUUUUAAAAGUUUUCAUAUUUUAUAAUUAUUAUAAGAGUUAUAUCGUAAAUUUCGCGAUCGUUGGAUUUUUUAGCGAAAGUUUAUGUUUUGAAUAAUUUUAAAUCAAGAAAAAAUUUUUUUUGUUACAUUUUGGUACACAGUUUCUCGAAGGUUUAUUACCCUAAAUUUCGCGACUUUAUUCCCCGCGAAUGCUUCAACACUCAAAAACAGCGUUAAUUGAAUUCCGUUUUUCGUUAACUUGGAAUAAACAACUCGUGUUGGGUAAGAAAGUUCAAGAUAAAGAACAAGGAAUUCAACCUUUAAAUUUUAAAUGCUUGUAUAUGUUAUAUAUUAUUUUUGUCUUAUUUUUAUGGAUAUAUGAGAGUUGGCAAGCGUGUAUAUUUUGUUGUUUUGAACAAAUUUUUUUUGUGGUUGAAAAUUUUACUAACGUAGCUAUUUAUAUAUUUAUUUCGUACUUUUGUUACUCUUUUGUGCAUAUAUCUAUCUGUUAUAUAUUAUUUUGUUUGAAGUUCAAUAAAUUUUUGUUAUGCAUUGUCA